CGCCGGGCCGCCGUCGCCGCCGCCCGUGUCCGCGCUGUGCCCGCGCUGUGUCCGCGCCGUGCGCCGCCGCGAUGGAGGUGGGGGUGGUGCGCCGGCACGGCUCGGCGCGCAUGUGGACCAUGCUGGUGCUGAGCCUGCUGCUGCUGGUGCCGCUCGGCGUGCUGAGCAACACCACGCACUCGCUGCUGCUGACCCUGGAGGUGUACCACAUGCUGUACAACGCGCUGACGCUGGGCGGCUGGCUGCUGUCCGUGCGCCUGGACGCGGCCGCCGGCUCGCCGACGCGCACGUUCGGCUGGGCGCGCCUGGAGGUGUUGACCACGGUGGUGACGCUGCUGUUCAUGGCGGCGCUGUGCUUCUCCAUCUCGGUGGAGGCCAUCCAGUCGCUGGCGAACGCGGCGCACUCGGACGACAUGCACCACCCGGUGUAUGUGAUGGCCUGCGCGGCCGCCAUCCUGCUGGCCAACCUCGUCUGCUACAUACUCAUCGGCGGCUACACGUGCCUCCAGAGCACCCUGCUGGCGCCCAGCGAGGCGGCCAAGCGGCUCUCCCCGGCCGCCUCCGAGGCGCAGCUCAGACCCGACUCGCGGCUCGUGAAGCGCACGCCGGCGGCGCCGCUGGCGCACCACUUUGCCCGCGACCUGUCCGGCGCGGUGCUGCUGGUCAUCUCGGCGACCACGGCGUACAUGAGCCGCGCGCCGGCCGUGCGCUACCUGGACCCGGCGCUGGCGCUGCUGUCCGUGGCCGUGCUGGUCUCCACCAGCCGCAGUCUGUUCAGCGAGUGCUGCCUGAUCCUGCUGCAGACCAUGCCGGCCACGUUCGACGUGGCGGCGUUCCGCACGCGGCUGCUGGCAGCGUUCCCGGCCGUGCAGGACGUGCACGAGCUGCAUGUGUGGCAGCUGACGCCCGACUGCGUGGUGGCCACCGCGCACGUGGUGCUCGCCGGGCCGCAGCAGUUCAACGACGUGGCCGAGCGGGUGACGGCCUUCUUCGCGGCGCACGCCGUCGGCCGCGUCACGCUGCAGCCCGAGUUCAGCGGCACCGCCGGCGGCUGCACCAAGUCGCGCUGCUUGCUGCCCUGCUCGGUGGACAGCUGCGCCAACGCGCGCUGCUGCGACCAGGCCGUGCUGCGCCGCGUGCCCACCAUACGCGUCACGCCACCCUCGCAGGUCAGCCUGGUCGGCAGGGGCGGCAGCAUGAGCAAGACCGGCAGCACUACCAGCCUGGCGAAGGAACGGAACCACAGCGCCAGCACCAACGGGGACUGCAUGAAGUACAGCGUCGAGAGGGAUCAGACGCUGCCUGGGAACGGCACCAUACACAGCGCGGAGAAGGAUCAUGCCCUGCCCGCGAACGGCAUCAUCCACAGCGCGGAGAAGGACCAGACCCUGCCAGGGGGCGGCAGCGGGACCGGCGACGGCGCUGGAGUCGCUGCUGAGUCCAGCAACAGCAGCAGCACGGCACCUUCCCCGGAGCCGCCCGUGCCGGCCCCCCGGGGUGUUGCCUCCGAGGAGACGAAGCAUAUCGGGAAUGCGCCUCAGGUGACGGCGAUCACUAAUGGCUGUGGGACGGAUCCGGCUCCCUCGGAGAACGGUCUGGGCCAGUCCAGUCCCUCGGAGGGGACCGUGAAGACGCGGACUCCUUCAGAUGACGUCAGAGAGUCAGUCGAGUCUUCGGACUGCGCGGACAAGAGGCCGUCGCCGGCCGAGAGGAGCUCAAAAGCGUUACUGAAGACUGACAGUCCGGCAGAGUCGUACGGCAGUGUGAGCAGUGUGGGGGACUGGCGCGACGCAGAAGGAUGAUGUCAACUGGUGUGAGGGUGGCGAGAACAAUUCAUGACUUUAACAGGCUGUGGCAAAGUGUUCCUCGCCUAAGUGUUGUGUUUGCGUGACAAGGGUGGAUGAACAGAGCGAUUUCGAUGCAUGUGGAACGCAUGCUAGUUCAAUGGUUGUCAAGCCCAUUAUCGACAUGUUCUCUGUAAUAUUUUUUUUUUGGCGACAAAAGUUAUUUGUUUCUUCCUUAUACCACUGAUUUCCCUUUAAACGCGCCGUGUUAUCAUACCACCGAUAGUCUCAAGUGGAACGUCUGACUCUACUCGUCCCGGAUAAUUUCGACCUCGGUGAGUUCCUCCGGCGCAGAUAUGGCGGCGCUCCGAUCUGUAUCUGCUCUGUAUCUGUAUCGCCCGAUAGCCGGGGUCCACGCGGAGGCCACUGUUUGUUUGGCGAUACGCUUCUGGCCUGGAGUGGUCGUCGGCCCGUCUGUACGUAUCGUCUCGGCCUUGGUGCCCCGGCCGUCAGCUGGGGGUGACGACAGACGUGACGGGCCGCGGAGUCACCCGAUGACCCGCGAGUAACGCCAAACGGACUCACAGAACAGCGAGGGCGCCUGCCGGGGGCGCCCAUGCCGCCACAGAGCCGGGUCGGUGACUGGGGUCGGUGCUGUUGGUUUUGGCUUCUCUCACGCUGAGCUGCUACACCGGCCGGCUCGGUGUGGCACCCAUCAUGCGCCCGCGCGCUGUGGGGGCGCCGCUCUGGCAGACAGUUCCCCUGGCUGGUGCCGCACUCUGCGUUAGCACCAGCGGCUGGUGCGCCUGGCAACUGGCCAUCAGUGGCGGCGGCAGUGUCUGACGUGGCUAGGCAGCUCAGUGUUUACGCAGACAUAAAACCAACCACCGUAGUCCAUCAUUUCAUUAGCGGAUAUGCUGUUUUACUUUCACAUACAGCUAACUAGUCAUGAUGUUGAGGAUACUUUUCCAUAUGAAAUAUUUCACACUUGAUGCCCUUUCAUGUCGUGGCCUUCAUUUCUUGCAUUUCUUUGUCGCGAAGUAGGUAUGAGAGACGAUAACACUUACUAGUGUGUAAAUAUGCCAUGUGAACAGGAAUUCAGCAACGGCUAACUUUCCAUGGGCUGUUAUUGGUGAGCAUUGGCCUGGCUCACCGGCUGUCGUGCCUCAAUCAAUUGUAACACGGGCCGAACGGUGAAUGGCCCGCCGCGCGGUCGAUCACCAUUCACCGGCCCGGUGCAUUUGGGUCAUGUUUUGUACGCGCAAAUAUUUUUAGUGGACGUCGAUGCGCCUGACGAAGCCGCAUUGGUGUGGCAUGGUAACCUCCUAAUGAGUACGCUGCACAAGGUGCAGCUGCGCUCCUGUUGGAAUGUGGUGUUUGCUGAACAUGACAGAUAAUUUUAAUACAUUUCUUUUGACGCGAA